GCUGAGGCCUACCCAGUGCCUGGUCUUGGCAUACAUGCUCCCUGCCCUCAAGGAAUUCACCGGCCAGGAGAGGAGCCAGGCACAUAUAAGGGCAGCACAAUGUGAUAAGGACAGUGACAGAGGACAGCACAGGGUGAUAUGGGAGCCCAGAGGAGUCAGAGGGCUUCCUGGAGGAGGUGACCCCCCCGGGUUAAGCCUUGAAGAGUGGGUAGCCAGGAGAAGGGUGUCCCAAGGAGAGGGGACAAUGUGUGCAGAACCACAGGGAGGGUAACCAUGGAGUCCCACCUGUGACUUUGUUCUGCACUACAGAAGCCAAGCAGGAGUGGCAGGUGCGAGCUGCAGAGGGCGUAGAGGGCCAGGAUAAGGAUGUUGGCCUCUGUUUUGAGGAUUAACACUGCAAUUUUCCAGAUGAGGAAACUGAGACUCAAAGAGAGACAGCAACUGGCCCAGGGUCACCAGCAUGCAGAUGCCUGCUAUGAUGUCUCUGCUUCUUGUGUCUGUGGGCCUCAUGGAAGCACUUCAGGCCCAGAGCCACCCCAUCACACGACGAGACCUCUUCUCUCAAGAGAUGCCGCUGGACAUGGCCCUGGCUUCCUUUGAUGACCAGUACGCUGGCUGUGCUGCUGCCAUGACAGCUGCUCUUCCAGAUCUCAACCACACGGAGUUCCAGGCCAACAAGGUGUAUGCAGACGGCUGGACACUGGCAAGAAGCCAAUGGCAGGAGCGCCAGGCCUGGGGGCCAGAGUGGAGUCUCAGCCCUACCCGUCCACCCCCGCCACCCCUGGGCUUCCGCGAUGAGCAUGGGGUGGCCCUCCUGGCCUACACAGCCAACAGCCCCCUGCACAAGGAGUUCAAUGCAGCCGUGCGUGAGGCAGGUCGCUCCCGGGCCCACUACCUCCAUCACUUCUCCUUCAAGACACUCCAUUUCCUGCUGACCGAGGCCCUGCAGCUCCUGGGCAGGGGCCAGCGUCCACCCCGGUGCCACCAGGUGUUCCGAGGUGUGCAUGGCCUGCGCUUCCGGCCAGCAGGGCCCGGGGCCACUGUGAGGCUGGGGGGCUUUGCUUCCGCCUCCCUGAAGAAUGUUGCGGCCCAGCAGUUUGGUGAGGACACCUUCUUUGGCAUCUGGACCUGCCUCGGGGCCCCUAUCAAGGGCUACUCCUUCUUCCCUGGAGAGGAAGAGGUGCUGAUCCCCCCCUUCGAGACCUUCCAAGUGAUCAAUGCCAGCAGACCGGCCCAGGGCCCCGCCCGCAUCUACCUCCAGGCCCUGGGCAAGCGCAGCACCUACAACUGCGAGUACAUCAAAGACAGGAAGUGCAAGUCUGGGCCUUGCCAUCUGGAUAAUUCAGCCAUGGGUCAGAGCCCCCUCUCUGCAGUUUCGUCUCUGCUGCUGCUGCUCUGGUUCCUCGCAGUGAGGGCCUUUCCAGACAGUCCAGGCCUCCUUUGAUGCAUGAGACACGGGACAGCCUCACCUGCUGCCUCUGCCCAUCCUGAAGAUGUUGGCAAUGUGUGCUUUCAGUGUAACCAAGAUUCCUGGCAACCCCAUCUGCAGGGAACUCUGGGACCUUCUCUGGUAGCUGCCAGACCUGCUGGUGGAGAAACAGGAGACAAUUUGGGGACUGAACCUUACCCAGGGCUCUAGGAGUGAGACACUGAAUAAAGGGUUGGGCCGGCGGUGUGGGGGGUACUUCAAGACAGGCAGCAACUCACUUGGAGAUAGAAAGACUUCAGUUGAUUUGGGGGGUGACUGGAGAGGAAAGCACUUCGCAGUGAUACCUGUUGGUGUUACUCAGAUGCCUCACAUGUCCAUCUGGAAAGCUCUUGUUCACUCCUCCAGGAAGCCUUCUGUGACCUCUCCCACCCAGCUGGGGUAGUGACCCUGCCUCUGUGCUUCCACAGAGCCCUGAAUGCUUCUGUAUACCACAUGUCCAUGUCUGUCUGCCAUGUCAAACUGUGAGCUUCCUGAGGGAAGGGACUGGGUCAGAGGCACAGAGGUAGUGCCAGGAAAUGUGUGAAACUCAGAAAGGAACAAAUACCUGUGAAUGGCUGGUCCCUGCACUGCCCCUGCCUUGGACACCGUCAAGCUCUCAGUGUCCGAGUGUGAGAAUGGGGUGGACGGUGCCUAACUCCAGCACACAGAGAGAAGGAGAGAUGGAAGAGAGAGCUCUAGUCCUCCAUCAGCACCUCAGCCAAAUCCCAUUCUUUUGUCAGCACAGAUGUAACUUCUGCUCUAAUCCAUGAGUCCUGAGGCUCCUCUCAUCAU